AGGGGGCAGGAAGUGAGGAGGUGGGGCUUCUGCGAUGGGGCAGGCGCUUGCGCAAGUCCGGUCGGCGGAGCCUUCGUUUUCGCCACUGCUAGGAUAAUCAAGGAGAAGAAAGAUGAACUUAAUCUAUGGACUGCAGUCUACUACUAGAAACUGUGUUUUCUUCCGAUUUCGUUUCCUGGCCCACUGGAGAAGAUCUAACACACGAGCUGUAACCUCAUCAGACUGCCAUCAAGUACAAAUUAAUCAUAUAGUUAAUAAGUAUCAGGGUCUGGGAGUAAAUCAGUAUGAUAGGUUGACUUUUCUGCCUGAAAAUUUUUCUUUCUCUAAGACCUUCAGUAAUGAAAGACCAGGAUGCCCCUUGAGCAUGAGAUAUAAGGAAAUUGGGAUGGUUACCCCAAAAUGUACUGUGUGGAAUGACUCUUCAAGACAACUACAGAUAAAAGAAGUUACAGGAGUUCCUUCUCUUUCACUAUUGCAUCCUCUGAACUGUCUUCAUGAAAGAGACAUCAGGAGUUUCCACACUUCUCCUCAGUUUCAAGCUGCUCCGGUUCCUCUCUUGUUGAUAAUUCUCAAGCCAGUGCAGAAACUAUUUGCAAUCAUUGUAGGCAGGGGCAUAAGGAAAUGGUGGCAGGCACUUCCUCCUAACAAGAAGGAACUAUUUAAAGAAAGUUUAAGAAAGAAUAAAUGGAAGUUACUCCUAUGUUUCAGUAGUUUUGGAUUGCUGUUUGUAGUGUUUUAUUUUACUCACCUGGAAGUGAGUCCUGUCACGGGAAGGAGGAAGCUACUAUUAUUGGGGAAGGAACAUUUCAGACUUUUAUCAGAACUGGAAUAUGAAGCAUGGAUGGACGAAUUUAAAAAUGAUAUGCUCACUGAGAAGGAUGCCCGAUACCUAAAGGUUAAGGAGGUGGUUAAUCAUUUGAUUGAAUGCAAUAAAGAUAUUCCAGGGAUCUCUGAGAUCAAUUGGAUUAUUCAUGUGGUUGAUUCCCCAGAUGUAAAUGCCUUCGUGCUUCCAAAUGGACAAGUGUUUAUCUUCACUGGGCUUUUAAAUAGUGUGACUGAUAUCCAUCAACUUUCCUUCCUUCUGGGCCAUGAAAUAGCACACGCAGUACUUGGGCAUGCUGCAGAAAAGGCUAGCUUGGUUCAUUUAUUGGAUUUCCUAGGUCUGAUUUUUCUCACAAUGAUUUGGGCCAUUUGCCCUCGAGAUAGUUUGGCACUUUUGGGCCAGUGGAUACAGUCUAAACUGCAGGAGUAUAUGUUUGAUAGACCGUACAGUAGAACAUUAGAGGCUGAAGCUGACAAAAUUGGACUACAGCUUGCUGCAAAGAUGAAACUCAGGGAUAGAGAAACCAAGGAACCUGACGAAGGUCUCACAAAUAGCAAGAUUUUUCAACAAAGGCUUGUGUGGACGUCAGAGCCAGUUCAGUGUUUUGGCAGCAAAUGGAAUUUGCAGAUAGUCUCCAGGGCCAUCCCAAGUUGCCAGAAUGGUUAUCCACACACCCUUCUCAUGGAAAUCGAGCUGAGCACUUGGAUAAACUCAUACCUCAGGCUCUUAAAAUUAGAGAGAUCUGUAAUUGCCCACCACUUUCUGGACCAGACCCUCGAUUACUCUUCAAACUCAGCAUGAAGCAUUUCCUGGAAGAAUCGGAGAAAGAAGACCUAAAAGUCACUGCCGAGAAACAGAAAAUGGAUACUCUCACCAUUCAACAACAGAAACAAAUACCCUUAACAUAUAUAGUUGAGAAAAGAACUAGCAGUUGAAUUAAAAUUUAUGAGACACGGGAUAUAUGAAGAAUGCAGCGGUCCUUACCAUUUUUAUGUUAUUUUUUUAAAAAAUGAUGUUUGAAAUUUAAAAAAUGUAUAUUCAGGGUCAAAUCAUGCAUAUUACAAGUAUAAUCUAAAUUCUUCUAGGUAUUUUCAUGAAAUAUUGAUGUAUUUUAAUCUAUUUUAAAGUAUCUUCAAUGAGGAAAGUGUCACAGAAUAAAUUUAUAUUACACAUUUUA